CGACACUUCUGACACGACGUGAGUCGUGAGCUGUGGGUAAGACAUCAUAGAGCAGAGUUACGAGCAGAGCAUGAUCACAUAUAUACGAAGAAUCCCUCGCUCGCUAAGGUAGGUCAUCAUCCCGCAACAAGCAUACCAAUCCACCAGACAAAUCUCCAAUCAAGACUUCAAUACAUCUCCACCACAACACUAUCCAUCCCAAAACCAACAAAAUGUACUACUCUACUAUCCUCGCCGCCUCUCUGGCCUCUAUCGCAGCAGCAGCACCAGCCAAGCGCGAGUCCUACGCCGCCGACCUCCCAGGCACCUUCGAAAUCUCCAACUUCGUCUUCGGCUGCACAGUCGGCUGCAACUACAACUUCGACCUCACCGUCUCGGGCUCCGCCGAAAACCACCCAGCCGUUGCGCCAACAUACGUCAAGUGCUCCGGCGACCUGGAGAGCACCGACUACGUCCAAUGCGGCGAUGUCAGCGAAACUCAGCGACUCUACGCAUACAUCGAGAAGGACACCAACGAGCUGCACCUCCAAUACGAGGUCCAGAACUACAACACUGGAGCGAUUUACCGAUACUACGGCGAGGAGAUUGUCUACGCGGCCACGAGCGAGGAUGCUGAUAAGCAGGAGGAGUGCUUUGAGGUUAAGGAGAACCGUGCUACCGGUGUCCUUUAAAUGAUUAAUGCAGGAGAAACUCAGCAUCAUGAUGAUUAACGAAGGCAUUUUUUUGCAUAAUGUAACCGAAUAGACAAAGUCAACAGCAUUGAGAUGCACUGUACGCUGGGAUGGUACAGCAUAACCCAUCAAUCAAAUCAUAUUGUCUACCACGAUCCACCACUACAC